AUGUCCAAGAUCACAGUCGCCGGAGUGCGCGAGAAUGUCCAGUCGCUGCUCGACUACUCUCUCAACGAGAAGAAGCGUAACUUCCUCGAGACCGUUGAGCUUCAAAUCGGCCUGAAGAACUACGACCCCCAGCGUGACAAGCGUUUCUCUGGUACCAUCAAGCUGCCUUCCAUCCCUCGUCCCAACAUGCGUAUCUGUAUCAUUGGUGACCAGCACGAUCUCGACCGUGCUAAGCACCACGGUAUCGAUGCCAUGUCCACCGACGACUUGAAGAAGCUGAACAAGAACAAGAAGCUCAUCAAGAAGCUUGCUCGCAACCACGAUGCCUUCCUUGCUUCCGAGGCUCUGAUCAAGCAGAUUCCCCGUCUCCUGGGUCCUGGUCUGUCCAAGGCCGGAAAGUUCCCUACCCCCAUCUCCCACGCUGAGGACAUGCAGAACAAGGUCAACGACGUCAAGUCCACCAUCAAGUUCCAGCUUAAGAAGGUUCUCUGCCUCGGUGUUGCCGUCGGUAACGUCGGUAUGGAGACUGAGGAGCUCACCGCUAACCUCAUGUUGUCCAUCAACUACCUUGUCUCCCUCCUCAAGAAGGGCUGGCAGAACGUUGGCAGCCUUGUCAUCAAGGCUUCCAUGUCUCCCCCCAAGCGCGUGUACUAG